CGACGCGCAUGUCAGAAAGAAAGUAUACUAACCUCUUCUCUGUAAUCUGUAUUCAAUUAUAGGAACAUAAAUGAGUGAUAAUUAAGUGCGGAAUGUGAAGCACAAGGAACCAAUCAAAUCAACAAUCCAAAAAGGGAUUUGUUGGAAGUCCAUUCGGUUUAACUAGUGUUUUUCCUUUUAUAACUCACAGUGGGAAAAUCAAGUUCAUAUGGUCUGGUUUUUCUACCUCUACUUUGUCCUGGAGUAAGUGUGGAUUUCUGAAGACAGAAGAAGCACUUCAAAAAAUGGAGAUUAAUCAAGGGGAUUUCUCUUGGAUUUGCGGAGGAGAAUUUAGUUGGGGUUCUUCAUGCACUCAUGGAGUAAUUAUUGAUGGUUUGAACCUUUUAUUCAUCAUCUCUUUAUCUUUGUUUUGGAUUAUUGGUUAUUUCAGGAAGCAAUUCAUUCGUGGUAAUACCAGAACAGAUUGGUUACUAGUAGUUGUUUCAGUAUGUUGUGCUGUUAAUGCCAUUGCACAUUUUAGUGUUUCUCUAUGGGGUGCAUUUCAGAAAGAAGACGCAUCAUCCGAUAUUAGUUGGCCAUUUGACUUCGUUAGGGGGUUAAUAUGGAUAUUUGUGUCACUCGCACUCAUUGUGCCACUGAUCAAAUGGGCAAGAAUUUUGGUUUCUGUAUGGUGGAUUUCCUUCUCUAUACUGAAUUCCCUACAUUAUGUGGAAAUCUUAGUGAAACAAGAAAAGAUCGAAAUCCUCGAUAUGGUUUCAUGGUCUGUAAGUUUGUUACUCCCCUUUUGUGUUUUAAGGCAUUUUAGGCGGCUGCAAGUUUCACAAAAUACUCAGGCAGAGGCUUUGUCGGAGCCACUAUUAACUGCGAAAGAUGAAAAUAACAGAUCAGGAUUAGGAAAUGCUAAUUUGUUUAGCAAGCUAACAUUUUUUUGGCUCAAUUCUUUGAUGUCCAAGGGUCAUUCAAAACCAUUAACUCUAGAAGACAUACCUAAUCUUGUCCCUGAAGAUGAAGCUUAUAUUGCUUACCAGGCAUUCUUUCGCGCUUGGGAGCUUCUACGGAGGCAAAAGAGCUCAGAAAAUGAUAGUAAUCUGGUUCUUUGGGCACUAGCUAAAGUUUACUAUAAAGAAAUGAUACUUGUAGGAACCUAUGCAUUUCUUAGGACCAUCAGUGUUGUAAUUUCUCCGCUGUUACUUUACGCCUUUGUAAAUUAUUCAACCCGUAAAGAAGAAAGUCUGUCUCACGGCCUUUCACUAGUUGGUUUGUUAGUGAUUGUCAAGGUUAUAGAGUCUUUAUCUCAGAGGCAUUGGUACUUUAGCUCAAGAAGGUUUGGUAUGAGAAUGAGAUCUGCUCUAAUGGUGGCCGUUUAUCAAAAGCAGUUAAAGCUUUCUAGUUUGGGUCGAAAAAGACACUCGACUGGGGAAAUAGUCAAUUACAUUGCAGUUGAUGCUUAUCGAAUGGGUGAAUUCCCGUUCUGGUUUCAUUCUUCAUGGACUUACGCAGUUCAAUUGUUUCUUGCGAUUGGAGUACUUUUCGGAAUAGUUAGUUUUGGGGCUCUUCCUGGUUUAGUUCCUCUCUUCAUGUGCGCAGUUCUAAAUGUGCCCUUUGCCAAGAUGCUUCAGACUUGUCAGACACAAAUUAUGGUUGCCCAAGAUGAAAGAUUAAGAGCCACUUCUGAGGUUCUAAAUAAUAUGAAGAUUAUCAAAUUACAAUCAUGGGAAGACAAUUUCAAAAAUUUGAUCGAGUCCCUCCGAGAUAAGGAGUUCAAAUGGUUGUCAAAGGCACAAAUUCAGAAAUCUUAUGGGACUGCACUCUACUGGAUGUCCCCCACAUUGGUGUCUUCAGUCGUUUUUCUAGGUUGUAUAUUUGUGAAAAAUGCUUCUUUGAAUGCCAGCACGAUUUUUACAAUUCUCGCAACGCUGAGGACCAUGUCAGAACCCGUCAAACUGAUUCCGGAGGCUCUUUCUGCGAUAAUUCAAGUCAAGGUUUCUUUACAUCGCCUUAAUAUUUUUUUGUUGGAUCAUGAGCUCACUGAUGAAAAUGUUGUGAAGAAGAAUCAAAAGAAGAACUCUGGUUUCGAUAUUGUAAUAGAGUCUGGUAUUUUCAGUUGGGAGCUAGAACUUGCCACUCCAACCUUGAGGUCUGUUGAUCUUGUGGUAAAAAGAGGACAGAAAAUUGCUGUUUGUGGACCUGUUGGUGCUGGAAAAUCUUCUUUCUUGUGCGCUAUUCUGGGGGAAAUACCAAAGAUCUCAGGAUCAGUUGAUGUAUUUGGGUCUAUCGCCUACGUAUCACAAACGUCUUGGAUACAGAGCGGGACGAUUCGUGAUAAUAUACUGUUUGGACAGCCAAUGGACAAAGGAAGAUACAAUAAGGCCAUUAAAGCAUCCGCUUUGGAUAAAGAUAUUGAAAAUUUCAACCAUGGCGAUCUUACAGAAAUUGGCCAGAGAGGGCUGAACAUGAGUGGAGGACAGAAACAGCGGAUUCAACUCGCUAGAGCUGUCUAUAAUGAUGCUGAUAUCUAUCUUCUUGACGACCCAUUUAGUGCUGUUGAUGCACAUACAGCUUCCAUUCUUUUCAAUGAAUGUGUCAUGGAAGCUCUUGCUAAGAAGACUGUUGUUUUAGUGACACACCAAGUUGAGUUUCUAGCUGAAGUUGAUAAAAUAUUGGUUAUGGAAAGUGGAAAUGUGACUCAGUCAGGAACUUAUGAGGAGCUUUUAACUGUUGGGACAGCAUUUGAACAGCUUGUUAGUGCCCAUAAGAGUUCAAUGGCAGAAAUUGACCCUGCAAAAAAUGGAAACCAGGGUGAAUUUGAAAAACUGGAUUCGAAUAGGUUCGAGGAAUCUAAAUAUUCCCUGGCAAUAAAAGAAAACAAUGCUGCUGAUGAUAUCUCAGUGAAGGGUAUGCCAGGGAUUCAGUUGACGGAAGAAGAAGGGAGGGAGAGUGGAGAUGUUGGGUGGAAGCCGUUUUAUGAUUAUAUCACUGUGUCCAAGGGACUACUUUUUUUCGGCUCAUCAGCAUUAUCUCAGAUUUUUUUCUUUUCUUUCCAAGUUGCUGCUACUUAUUGGUUAGCGAUUGCCAUAAAUAUUCCUAGUGUAGGCAAUAGCAUGUUAAUUGGAGUUUACGCAGGGAUUUCAACUGUAAGUACAUUAUUUUUGUACUUAAGGUCCUACUUUGCAGCUCUUUUAGGACUGAAGGCUUCAAAAGCCUUCUUCUAUGGUUUCACCGAUUCUGUGUUUAAGGCACCUAUGCUCUUCUUUGAUUCAACCCCGAUUGGAAGGAUUUUAACACGGGUAUCAUCAGAUUUGAGUGUAUUGGAUUUCGACGUUCCUUUUUCUGUUGCAUUUGUAAUUGCAUCUUCUUUUGAGAUUGUUGCAACCGUUUGUAUAAUGGCGUCGGUGACAUGGCCAGUUCUCGUUGUGGCCGUUCUUGCGAUGGUAGCUGUAAAAUAUGUUCAGGACUACUAUUUGGCCUCUGCAAGGGAGUUAAUUAGGAUUAAUGGAACUACUAAAGCUCCUGUAAUGAACUACGCAGCUGAGACAUCACUAGGAGUUGUCACAGUAAGGGCUUUUUCUAUGACUGGAAGGUUCUUUAAUAGUUAUCAGAAGCUCAUCGACACGGACGCUAAGCUAUUCUUUCAUUCUAAUGCUGCUAUGGAGUGGUUAAUUAUAAGAGUUGAAGUACUCCAGAAUUUGACAUUGUUUACAGCAGCUCUUCUCCUUGUUUUGCUUCCUCGGGGUGCCGUAAAUCCAGGUUUUGUGGGGCUCUCUUUAUCCUAUGCUUUGGCGCUUACCGGCACCCAAGUUUUUAUGACUCGAUGGUAUUGUAACUUAGCUAACUACAUCAUUUCUGUUGAGCGAAUAAAGCAAUUUAUGCAUAUACCAUCAGAACCUCCAGCUAUUGUUGAUGAUAGAAGACCGCCACCUUCAUGGCCCUCCGAAGGAAGGAUAGACUUGGAAAAUCUUAAGAUAAAGUAUCGUCCAAAUGCUCCUCUAGUUAUCAAGGGAAUUACUUGCACUUUCAAAGAAGGAGCAAGAGUGGGUGUUGUUGGUAGAACCGGAAGUGGAAAGACUACACUCAUUAGUGCCUUGUUUCGCCUUGUUGAACCCGCAAGUGGGAAGAUUCUUAUAGAUGGGCUAAACAUUUGCUCGAUGGGUCUAAAGGAUUUAAGAUUGAAGCUUAGUAUAAUACCUCAAGAAGCAACUCUCUUCCGCGGAACUGUUCGAACUAAUUUAGACCCUUUAGGCCUUUACUCUGACGAAGAGAUAUGGAAGGCAAUAGAGAAGUGCCAGCUUAAAACUACAAUCAGUAGUCUCCCUAAUCUUCUAGACUCGCCAGUGAGCGACGAUGGUGAUAAUUGGAGUGCUGGUCAACGCCAGCUCUUUUGUCUUGGAAGAGUACUUCUUAAAAGGAACAAAAUUCUAGUUCUAGAUGAAGCAACUGCAUCAAUUGACUCUGCAACAGAUGCUAUUUUACAGAGAGUUAUAAGGCAGGAGUUCAAGAAUUGCACGGUCAUAACAAUAGCUCACAGAGUUCCCACGGUUACAGAUAGUGACAUGGUCAUGGUCCUAUCUUAUGGAAACUUGAUUGAAUACGACGAACCUUCAAAACUUAUGGAAAGUAACUCAUAUUUCUCUAAGCUUGUGGGUGAAUACUGGUCUAGUUGCAGAAGAAGUUCUCUUCAAAGUCUCCAACACUACAAUUAAAGUAUAGAUAUAUAUAUAUAUAUAUAUAAAGUGUUUUCCUAUCUUUUAAUAAUGUGUAUUUUAGGUUGUUUUGGCCAUCUAAAGGGAGAUUGUUCUCCCAUUAAUAGCGGAUGUAUGAGUAACCACAAGUAUCUAAGAUAAAAUUGUUAAGAAAUUUCCUUGAACCGUAGAAAAAGAACGGUUUUUUUGGGGAGCAUGGUUAUUUUUGGGGACCACGGUUUUAUUUUGGGUACCGACAUUAGAAGUAGAUCUAGGUCACCUCUUAUGUAGAUAUUUAUAUUAAUACCUAAAUUACCCUCUUGAUUAA